UAAAAGGUAGCGUUGGAUCACGCGAACAGUUCAAACCUGUUGGAACUAUACUCGUGAAAGAUGGAUCGUUUCGCUGGAAAGAUAGCAAUAGUGACUGGCGCUAGCAGUGGUAUCGGUGCUGCGAUCACGAAAUCUUUGGUGGAACACGGUGUUAAGGUGGUCGGUCUGGCGAGAAGAGUGGACAAGCUCGAGGAGUUGGCUGCUAAACUGGGCAAGGAUAAGUUCUACCCCAUAAAAUGCGACCUGACGAAAGAGGAAGACAUCACAAACGCCUUCAAAUGGGUCGAGCAGAAACUAGGAUGUGCUUGCAUUCUCGUCAACAACGCUGGAGUCAUCGUUGCGGAACCAAUCAUAGCCUCGUCCACCGAAUCCUACUACAAAGUGUUAGAUACCAACUUGAUAUCGGCAGCAAUCUGCGCACGAGAAUUUGCACAGGCUUUGAAGAAGUGCAACAGGCCUGGACACAUAGUUAACAUCAACAGCAUAGCUGGACACUAUGCGGCAGCCUUACAUAUUCCAAUUGGUAUGUACGGGGCCAGUAAAUAUGCGUUGACGGGAUUGUGCUCGGAACUGCGUCACGAAUUUAUUAUGAACAAACAGAAAAUAAAGGUUACGAGCAUCAGUCCUGGAGCAGUGCAAACAGAAAUGUUUCAGAAUGUGACAAACGCUGAUAGCGAUACCACUAUAUCGGUAUUGAUGGACAAGGACAUCGCUGAUGCAGUAGUUUAUACCGUAGGGACCCCACCAGGUGUAGAGGUCCACGAACUCACAAUUAUGCCACAAGGUGAAAUCAUCGGCAUUCCAGCGACAAUGGCAGAUAAAUAUAUCCAGUCUCAGUGCUCGAAGAACAAUACCGCAACGAUGGAUCGAUGGAUUGGAAAGGUAGCGAUCGUGACUGGCGCCAGUGCUGGUAUUGGUGCGUCAACUGUGAAAGUCCUCGUGGGCUAUGGUGUAAAAGUGGUCGGUUUAGCUAGAGACAUGGAAAAGCUCGAGAAGAUGUCCGCAGAACUGGGCAAGGAUAAGUUCUACCCCAUAAAAUGCGACCUGAGGAAAGAGGAGGACAUCACGAAUGCCUUCAAGUGGGUUGAAACCAAGCUGGGUGGCGCUGACGUGCUCAUCAACAAUGCUGGGAUUGCUACUUCGCAAAUGAUCAUUGAGAACCCCACCGAGGAAUACCGAAAAAUAUUAGACACCAACGUACUCGCACCAGCAAUUUGUUCGCGCCUGUUCGCGCAGUCCAUGAAAAAACGCAAUGGAUCUGGCCACAUAAUUAAUAUUAACAGCAUCGUCGGUCACUUCGCGGAGAGUGUGUUUCAACCAAUGGGCAUGUACCCGGCCAGUAAAUACGCUCUGAGGGCAUUGUCCACGGAACUACGACACGAAUUCAUCAACUCUAAACUGAAAAUAAGGGUCACGAGCGUCAGCCCUGGAGGUGUAGAGACGGAUUUGGUGCAUUGUAUACCCGAUGAAGUUCUUAAACAGGUGAAAAUAUUGCACCCCAAUGACAUCGCCGACGCAGUAGCUUACGCAUUAGGAACACCAGAAAACGUGGAGUUUUGGGCUGGAAAAGUGGCGAUUGUGACCGGUGCUAGCGCUGGAAUCGGAACAGCAACCUCUAAAGCGCUCGUAGGUCAUGGCGUUAAGGUGGUUGGUCUAGCGAGGAGGAUGGACAAGCUUCAGGAGCUGGCUCAAGAGCUGGGCAAGGAUAAGUUCUAUCCGUUGCAAUGCGACGUCAGGAAAGAGGAGGACAUCAUAAAGGUGUUCAAGUGGAUCGAGAAGACUUUCGGCGGAGCUAGCAUUCUGGUGAACAAUGCUGGAGUCAUCUCUCUGUCGUCCGUUACAGAAACGGCCACCGAAGAAUAUCGUAAAGUAGUGGAAACUAAUCUGAUAGCUCCAGCGAUUUUUGCACGGGAAUUUUCGCAAUCGAUUAAAAAACGCAAUGUGCCCGGGCAUAUAGUUAACAUUAACAGCAUAUUGGGACACUAUGCAGAUACAUUCACCAUUCCAAUCGGCCUGUACGCUCCCAGUAAAUACGGUCUUACCGCUUUGGGUACGGGACUACGUCAUGAAUUCAUCAUUUCUAAAUUGAAAAUAAAAGUUACGAGCGUCAGUCCUGGAUUUGUGAUGACAGAAAUGGUUGGGCCCGUACCUAAGCAUGUUCUUGAUAAUAUGCCGAUACUGCAAGAUAAAGACAUCGCCAAUGCAGUGAUUUAUGCAUUAGGAACGCCGCAAGGUGUAGAGAUGGAUCGUUGGGUUGGAAAGGUAGCGAUCGUGACCGGUGCCAGCGUUGGGAUCGGUGCAGCGAUCGCUAAAUCCCUGGUGGAUCAUGGUGUGAAAGUGGUAGGUCUGUCGAGGAGGCUGGACAAACUCCAGGAGCUGGCCAAGGAACUCGACAAAGACAUGUUCUACCCGAUCGAGUGCGAUCUCAGAAAAGAGGAGCACAUCGUGAAUGCCUUCGAGUGGAUCCAGACGAAAUUUGGCGGCGCUGACGCUCUUAUCAACAAUGCUGGGGUCGCUGAUCAAUCGAUGAUCAUCGAAUCGCCGACGGAAGAAUACCGUAAGGUACUGGACACUAAUGUAAUAGCCCCAGCAAUUUGUGUACGCGAAUUCACGCAAUCUAUCAAACAAAGAAAAGUGUUUGGGCAUAUAAUAAACAUCAACAGUAUGGCUGGGCACUUUUCAGAGAGUAUACAUCUUCCAAUUGGUAUGUACGGUGCCAGUAAGAGUGCUCUGAAUGCCUUAAGUACAGAAAUCCGCCACGAAAUUCUACAAGCUCAGCUGAACAUCAAAGUCACGAGCAUCAGUCCAGGAGCAGUGAUGACAGAUAUGUUGAGAGGAGUCGUCAAACUUCAAUCGAUCAUCGAUAAAAUACCAACGUUAAAAGACAAGGACAUUGCUGAUGCUGUGAUUUAUGCAUUACAAACUCCGCAAGGUGUUGAGGUCUAUGACAUCUUCCUCAUGCCCCAAAAUUCAGCACUUGGCUCUUCAGGAAGGCACCUGCAACCAAUGGAGAAAAAGGACACGUCGCUAAAUUAAGCUACAGAGAGUAAAAUUGUUGUCACAAUUAUUUUUUGGAAUUAUUAAAUUAGAGGCUAGAAUGCAUCGUACUCGACUGUAUUCGUAAAAUGCUAUUAAAACUACUACUUAUGA